AUGGUUCGCUUCUACGAGAACAAGUACCCCGAGCUGGUCAUGGUCCAGGUCCAGUCCAUUGAGGACAUGGGUGCCUACGUCAAGCUGCUCGAGUACGACGGUAUUGAGGGAAUGAUCCUGCUUUCCGAGCUCUCUCGACGACGUAUCCGUUCGGUUCAGAAGUUAAUCCGUGUCGGACGUAACGAGGUUGUGGUUGUUAUGCGUGUGGACCCCGACAAGGGAUACAUCGACCUGUCGAAGCGUAGGGUGUCUGCUGAGGAGGUCGUCAAGUGCGAGGAGCAGUACGAGAAGGGACGUGCGGUCGACUCGAUCCUCACGCAGGUUGCGAAGCGUCGCAACGUCCCCACCGAGAGCCUGUACGAGCAGAUUGCCUGGCCCCUGCAGCGCAAAUACGGACAUGCCUACGAAGCAUUCAAGCUGUCGAUUCAGGAGCCCGAGGUUGUCUUUGGUCCUCUCGAGAUUGAGCCCGACACCCUUGCCGAGCUCAAGCACACGAUCGCGCGCCGCCUGACGCCCAAGCCGGUCAAGGUCCGUGCCGACAUUGAGGUCCGAUGCUUCGCGUACAACGGUAUCGAGGCUAUCCGCAAGGCCCUCAAGGCCGGUGAGGCUCUAUCGACCGAGGCCGUUCCCAUCAAGGUCCGCCUCGUCGCCCCGCCUCUCUACGUCAUGAGCACGACAUCAACGGACAAGAGCGCCGCGAUCGAGACGAUGGAGAAGGCCGUCGAGGCCAUCAACCAGACCAUCACCGAGGAGAAGGGUGACAUGCUCGUCAAGAUGGCCCCCAAGGUUGUCAGCGAGACCGAGGAUGCCGAGCUCAAGGCCCUCAUGGAGGAGUUCGAGCAGGCCAACAUGGACGUUGCGGGCGACGACGACUCGGACGAGGAGGAUUAG